CCUCCUCUUCUCCCCCUUCUGUAGAUUACCAACUCGAGUCUUUUCCAGCGGGCGACCUUUCUCACUUCGAAGUUCCAGCGGGCGACCUCGUGACUUCUCAAAGUCCUAAUACUGUUUUCGGUUUUAUCAGUGCUUAUAGAUUCUGAUUUUUCUCCUUCUCCAGCAACCGAGAGCGUUUUUGAGCACUUAAACGAACCAAUCAUGUUUCAGCGAGUUUUCGGAAAGCCUAAGCCGGACCACAACCCCGUAGCAACGUUAGACAAGUUAAACGAGACGCUGGAAAUGCUAGAGAAAAAGGAGAAUGUCCUUUCGAGGAAGGUAGCGGCAGAGGUUGAAAAGGCUAAGGAAUUUAGUAACGCAAAGAACAAAAAGGCGGCAAUACAAUGUUUAAAGAGAAAGAGGCUUAUUGAACAGCAGAUUGAACUGCUUGGAAAUUUCCAAUUGCGUAUUCAUGAUCAGAUGAUACUGUUGGAAGGUGCUAAAGCUACAACAGAAACCGUUGAUGCAUUGAGAACUGGAGCAGCUGCCAUGAAGGCCAUGCACAAGGCAACGAAUAUUGAUGAUGUGGAUAAAACAAUGGAUGAGAUCAAUGAACAGACCGAGAACAUGAAACAGAUUCAGGAGGCACUAUCGACACCCAUUGGUGCAUCAGCUGAUUUCGACGAGGAUGAAUUGGAAGCAGAGCUUGAAGAACUGGAAGGAGCUGAGUUGGAGGAACAGCUUCUUCAGCCUGCUACUACUGCUCCUGCUGCUCCUUCUGCACCUGUCCAUGUCCCAGCAGGCCGGCGCCCGGCUGGUCCUAUUCCUCAGAGGAACAAAGCUGAGGAAGACGAACUUGCUGCAUUACAGGCAGAGAUGGCUCUCUAAGAGUUACGAAUGCAGAGUGGGAGAAUAUUUUUCAGAAGUCGUUAAGUGCUGUACGAUGAGGUUGUUUGGCUGCGUCGACUAUCCAUUCCCCCAUGUGCAGUUGUUUGUAGAUAUGGCUUGGCUUACGUAUAAUAUUAGAUCCUAUCUAUAAUUUGUGACCUGGCAUUUUCUAAAUUAUUUUCUAGAUUUAAGAAACUUAAAUUAUUUAUUCAAAAAAUAAAAAAUAAAAAACUUAAAUUAUGUGUCA